AUGGGGGACGCAUACAUGACUGUCAAGGCUGUGCCCGCUGCUCGGCACUUCAUUCCAAAACGUAUUGGGUUUCGUCGAGUGCCACAUGUUGUGGAGAAGGUCACUGGUUUGGAGGUGCGCGUGACGCCGUUGCUGGGAAGCAUCAUGCAUUGUGAGGCGACCAGUGUCGCGCGCCACUCGAUACGAGCGUCUGGGAAGCGGGCCGUGAACGCCUGGACGAAAGACGCCGCAUCAACCAUCACUGUUGAGGCCAGCGUUGGGGUCACGGUUGAGGUUCCAGUGUUUUACGCCGCCACAUGUAAUUCUGCGCAUGCCAGUGAGAGUACCGAGAUGCACGCGGCCAAAAUGUAUGCGGAUCUCUCCUCCGUGUGCUCGCAGGACAGCACAUUUCUUCGCAACCUGGACACUGGGGAGCUGCUUCAGCCGCAGCCGUGGACGGUGGUUUCCGCUGGAAGUGAAACUGGUGUGCGGCACGCGUCUAAGGGGAGGCGUAAGAGGGUUGUGAAGCUGCCAGAUCGGAGUGGGCGGUAUCAAAUUGUGACAGUGGCGGUAAAGAGGGCGGCUGUCGUCCGGCGAAGCGGCGCUGACAAGGAAAAGGAGGGUCACUGA